UUUAGGCAAUUCUUGUAUUGUGGAUACAAAACGAACUCAUAGUACCCAGUUUCUCGGUAAUAACUAUAAAAAAUGCAUUGGCGUUUUUUACUUAACGUCCGGACGCAAUUGUCCAAUUUUACAAUGCAUAGAAGUUUGAGUAAUAAUAUACCUGAGAUUACCAAAGUACACAGAGAAAUAUAUACGAGAAUGUAUCCAACGACGGUGGUGCUACCUGAUGGAUCUUCGUUUAAUAUAAGAUAUCAUGAGCCUAGGAAAAUUAUAAAGCUUCCCUUAGAUUUAUCACAGCUGUCUGAAGAGGAAAGAAAACAGAGGAUUGACAAAAGAAAACCAAGAAAGAAGGUUAAAAUUACUGAGGAUGUUGAGGACAACUUUAAUGCUAAAAAAUAUUUGAAAUAUAUGAAGAAGAAGUGAAGACAUAAUAAAAACUGUGUACUGUAGAUUUUUAUUGUUUAGUUUAAUUAAAAUUGAAGGUU